AUGUUCCCAUCAUCAAGAAAGUUGCUGUCCCAAAAAGAGCUUAUGAUAUUAAUAAAAUGUUCUUCUUUUUUUACUUUACCAGUCCCAGUUUUCAUUGAAAGGAAAGUAGAGGUGCCAGUCUACAUUGAGAGAGAAGUGCCAGUCUAUGUCGGCGGUGCUGCUGCUGGAGCCGGUGCUGUUGCUGGCGCUAUUGCUGGAGCUGGAGCCGCAGCCGGAGUCGGUGGUGGUCUCGGCAUGGACAUUCAGACACAGAUCAGCGACGCCGAUACUGUCCACGUUAACAUCGAUAACGGUCUUGCCGGCGGUCUCGCAGGCGGUGCAUCCGGUGCUGUUGCUGGAGCCGUCGCUGGCGCCGCAGCUGGCGCUAGCGCUGUUGGCGGUUUCGAAAAUGGAUUCAAUGAUAACGGAUUUGAUAACGGAUUCGACAACAAUGGAUUUGACAACAACGGAUUUGAAAACAAUGGUGGAUUUAUCGAUGGUGGAUUCAUUGAUUCCGGUAGACAGGGUGGUAUUGUUGGUGGUUCCCAGAUUCCAGCACAGCAGCUCCCAGCUCAACUCCCAGCUCAUCUUCCAGCUCAGCAGGGCAAAAAAGGAGGUCACGGAGGACAUUUCCCAGAAAUCUCCCACGCCCAGGAUAUCGUUCACUUUUAAACAGCCAGUUUAAGCUAUUGAGACAUUUAAAGUUUUAUUUCGGUGUUAUCAAACAUGUAAUGUGAAAACAUUGUUUCUCUAAUGCACGCACUAGAUUUAGAUGCUGCGCGUUGUCAUGGCAACUAAUGUCACUUAUGUGCAAAAUUCCUGAGACAUUAACUUACAUUUUGAUGUAUCUAUAAAGAAUUUCUCUAUAACCAUUACUGCAUUAUAAUAUAUUUUCAAAUAUAUUAAAAUCAACAGCAUGUUUGUGCAUUCGGCUAAAUUUUAGAUUGUAAUUUUUAGUAACAAAAAAUUAAUCACAUCUGUACUGUGGACAAAAGUUGCCAUUAAAAAUAACAACUAACAAAAGUUCAUUGAUCUCACUCAUUUUUUCUAUUUAUUUCAUUAUUUAUCAUCGUGCGAAAGAUAUUAAUUGUA